CACCGACCAGCUAAUUAACCGCCGCGUUACUUAACUUAUAUCAACAACUAAAGCUGGCAAACCUUUAGAUAUUACCUGCCUAAGUUAUUAGUUAUAGUGUUAAAUGAGACAGUUAGACAGGAGUGCAGCCAUGGUUCCUUCCUCUCGGCUAGAUGGUAAAAAGUCUUCUAGUAAACAGUUUGACUGACGCGUUGUGAAGCUGACUGCUGCCUUUACGUGCCCUCGGAAUUAUGGACACCACGAGGAGAUUAACCACGCUUUUGUCGGGGGGUACAAAGGUAAGCCCCUCCCUAGCUGCUGACCCGGGGCUUUCAGCAUGGCCCCUUGCCAGGGGAGGCUUUAAAAGGGUGGGGGCGCGUGGCUCCUCUCACUCUCACGGCAGGACAUCCCCAAGGGCAUCAAAGCAAGACAAGAUGACUCACCACUGCACCAAGUUCUCCGGCCACUGGAAGAUCAUUGUCUUCGACGAGGAGUGCUUCCAGGGCCGUCGCCAUGAGUUCACCUCUGAGUGCUGCAACGUGAUGGAGUUCGGCUUCGAGACUGUGCGCUCCCUCAGGGUGGAGAGCGGAGCCUGGGUGGGUUACGAGCACGCCUCCUACCAGGGACAGCAGUUUGUGCUGGAGAGGGGAGAGUACCCUCAGUGUGAUGCCUUCGGUGGCAGCAAUGCCUAUCACAUUGAGAGGAUGACCUCCUUCAGACCUAUUGCCUGCGCUAACCACAGAGAGUGUCGUAUGACUAUCUACGAGCGUGAGAACUUCCUGGGCCGUAAGGGUGAGCUUAGCGACGAUUAUCCCUCCCUCCAGGCCAUGGGCUGGUGCAACAAUGAAGUUGGCUCUCUCAGGAUCCAGUCUGGAGCAUUUGUGUGCUACCAGUACCCUGGUUAUCGUGGAUACCAGUAUAUCAUGGAGUGUGAUCGUCACUGUGGGGAGUUCAAACACUUCAGGGAGUUUGGCUCCCACUGCCAGACCCCUCAGAUCCAGUCCAUCCGCCGUAUUCAGCAGUAACAACUUACUCCAAAGCCUUUCUCCCAUGUGACCCUUUACCUCUGACCCCUCCUGACUCCCAGUGCUGAA